AUGUUGGGGACUGAUACAGGGGCUCAGGACAAGGAGUGGUUCUUCUUCACCAGAAUGUAUUACAAGUACAACAAAAGCUCUCGCUCAAAUCGGAUCACGAAGAAGGGAUACUGGAAAAUCACAGGCAAGGAGCGUGGGAUUAAGGCUCGACGAUCCAAAGCUGUGAUUGGGAGCAAGAGGACAUUGACUUUUUACCAGGAUCGUGUGCCGAAAUCGAACAAGACCAGCUGGGUCAUUCUUGAGUAUUAUCUUCCUGGAAAUGGAGUUAUUUCGUAUCUGAAGCAGGCCCAGGCACAAGGAAGAGAGGAGUUGCUAUUCCAUCAACCUCAGCCUCUGGGUGACUGCUGCUCCUCAGCACUGCAGUCACCGUCAUCCCUAGAGCUGGAAGCUGUUCUGCAAACCAAUGGCACCAAUGAUGAUUGUAAUGUGUUGCAAUCACUAUUUGGAGAUAGUGAUUCUUGUCUUCUAGACGGGAAUGAAGUUUCAACCUAUGAUGAAGAUGACACUAUGUAUGAUGUGUUUACACAGCCGCAGGAUUACCGCCCCUCCAUACUGCAGUCACCAAUAUACACAAAUCUGGGAAAUGUUCCACAUCCGCUUCAGCCUGAGCGCAGGAUUACCAGCCCUCAAUAUUGCAGUCACCAAUAUGCACAAAGUUGAGAAAUGUUUCAGAUGCCAAUCUCUAUUUUGGUGAAUGCAAUGAUUGGCAAUCUGCAUUUAAGAAAAAUGUUUCAAUCAAAGAAGUUGACAUACCGAUUAGACAUAUCUCGUCUAAUUUUGAAAAUCAAGCUACAGAUUAUAGGAUUCUAGAGGUGAGAACGGUAUGCUAUAUUCCUAUAUGAAUUUUAUCCCAACUUAGUAUGUUCGAGCACCAAACUCAAUGCUUGUUUAGUUUUUAUUCUUAAGCCAGGUGCAUCAUCUUCAAACCAAAGAAAAUCUGGAAUCAAUGGUUUAUCCAUUCCGGCCACAAGAUUCUACUCUGCAGUCAAUAACAUACACAAUAUGUGGAGAUGCUCUAGAUAAUAUUGAAUGCAAUGAGUUGCAAUCUUCGUUUGGGAACUAUGACAAUGAGAUGCUCUACAUAAUAUUACUCUUCUGAUCAAACAACAGAGACUCCUUCCAUAGACUGCAACCUGCCAACGUCAUUGGGAAAGGUCUACCAUGGGGAUAACGGAGUAAGCAGCCAAACACUGAAGUAGCCCAUGGAAAUGUACAAUAUUCAUCUGCAUUAGCUAUUGGAAAUACCCUCCAAUGUAGCUAAUGAACUACAAGAGGUCCGAUAUUAUCCUGCAACGAUAUGACAAUCUUCCAAGUAACAUGAACUUUUUUAGCGGUAUUGAUUGUGUGC